GAUCGUCUGCUGCAAAAACCUGGAAACAAAGCUUUGGCUGAAUGAACAGCCGCUAGAAAAAACCGCCGCUGAAAGUGAUGUUUUUGUCACACGAGGGCAAUAAGGCUGCAUAUUUUACCUAAAACACAAUGAUGACACGGCUAUGAAGGUUAUAACUGAAGUCAAUAUGACACUGACAAAGGAGAUUAUUGCUCUUUUAUGCACCAGAAUUGAACCAGUUCACCUCCCAGUCCUUGGGCAACUUCUUAUGUGUGACAGUUUACAAGAAGUUCAGAAAAUUCUGGCCAAGAAUAAGAUCCAAGACAGCACUGAAAUUAAAAGUUUGCUUCUCACACCACCAGCCCCUGGGACAGAAGUACCAAAGGAAUGGCAUGAUUCCUUAGACAUGAACAUCCUCAAUAACUUUGAGGAGGGGGAAUAUGUUGGCUUCAGCACUGACAACAAGUAUAUUUAUGCAGUUAUUGUUGAAGAACUGCCUGGAAACUCUGGGCAGCUUUCACGAAGAUACAAAGUAGACAUUGGAGAAGAGGAGCCAAUUGAAGUCAGUUGUCUCGACAUAUACCAGAUUAAACAGGAAAAGAAAGCAAAACCUGGGAGGACUUGCCAAUCCGGUUCUUGCAUGGAGCUGGAGCCACUGGCGGGAGCUGUGCCGCCUCAUUCCCAGUCAUCAUCUACAAGAUCCUUACCAGCCUCUGUUAACAAAGCUAAAAGGGAAAUUGAUCAGUGCUUGGCAGAGAUAUGGACUCUUCCUGCGGAGGAGAGGCACAAAGCCAUCAGGCGACUGUACCUCAGAUCGCAUCCUGACAAAAAUCCUGACCACCCGUUUCUUGCCAAUGAGGCAUUCAAAUACUUGAUGAGUCGAGUUGAAGAGCCCAGCAGAGGCAAAGGCAAAACCGGAGGCUCCUCCUCUUCAAGGGGUCACCAGGAUUUCAGAGACUCCUACCAGCAAUGGGAUAAAGAAGCACGGUAUCACCGAAGUAAUCGAGAGGGAUUCUCUGGUGGCGGUUUUUGGACCAAUAAUGGAAAUGUCCCACAGCCGAACAAAGAGGAGGCUCAGCGCUGGUGCAGACAGGCUCGCUGUGAUCUCAAUGCAGCCAACAAGGACACAGGUGGGGGCAGCACAGAAUGGUGUCUGUUCAAAGUCCAUCAAGCAGUGGAAAAGUCUCUUACAGCCGCAGAGUAUAAAAAGCAUGGCCGUCCUCUCGCUGGCAGUUCCAUCUCAGCCCUUGCCACACGAGUUUCCUGCUACAACCGCCAACUGACAAAUCUGCCUCAAAUAGUGCAAAAUUUGCAGAUACUGGGAGUGGACGCCAAAAAGACUCAGUAUCCCAACUGCCAUCGGUAUCCACACAUUCCAAACGAACAGUUCAAAUCUGAGAACGAAAUGCAAGCACUGGAGAAAGCGUCUGAGCUCCUCAGUGCAGUUGAGGCGUAUGUGAAUUAGCAAUUCGAGAGUCAUGUAAUGCUGAGAACGCAAAUUUAAGUCUUUAUGUUAUAAAAACUGUUAGCAUGGGGUGGUAUUUAGACAUUAAUAUAACUUUUUUUUUAAAGUCUCUCUUUUUGGACUAAUUUCACCAUUUGAUUUGUUUCUGAAAUGUAAAAAAACUGGGAUUUUGUGCCUGGUUGUAAACGUCUGAUGUCUCACCGAGGAUCAGUACAUUCAUUAUCAUUUAUAACUUCUCAUUAGGGAUCAGUACUCUCACCAAACACAUUAUGUCAUGAAAAUGCAGAUAUCAAAUAAUUGUUGUUGUGAUGUCAACAUGUAUGAAUACUUGCUAAGGACCAGUAUAAUCACUCUACUACUUUGUAAGACCAAUAUACAGUUAUCAUUGUGUGACUGUUAUGAAAGUGUUCCACAUUUAUGGCGUCUUUCUGUGGGCCUGUUCAUCCACUGUACUUUGUUCUAUUAAUGUUUUUAAGUACUCACUGAGCGUAAAUAUACAUUGAUCGAUUUAUUUCAUGAAAAUACAUGUUCCUUUUCAGUUUUGUUAACUUUAAUAGCUACUUGCGGAAAACCUAAGUAAUCACUGUGCCACUUUGUUCAGAAAAUGCAUGUGCAAAAGUUUUCCACGUAUAAUUUUGAAAUAAACUGUCAUAGUUGAAUCACCUUUUUCCUGUUAAAAAAAAAUUAAUAAAAAAUUCAAGUUAA